AUGAUCAAGCUAUUGAUUAAUGCUUUUGUAGCAAUGCUGGUUCUCUACAAUGUUCUCCAGGCAUUCAAGGCAUGUAGAGAAGAUAAGAGGAUUUACAGGAGAUACAAUAAGUAUUUCAUGGUCAUUGCAGUGUUUCUUGUUCUAGACAAUUUGUUUUCAUUUGUACUUGAUUUUAUACCUUUCUAUCAGUUGUUUAAGCUUAUGGUUGUUGCAUGGAUAUCCAUACCUGCAUGCACUGGCGCAGUGUUUGUUUACAAGUUUUACAUCCAUGGGUUUAUGGACAAGUAUCAGGGCGCUCUUGAAGAGAUGGUGGAGAAGGCAAGGUCUGCCGUGUUCAGAUAUUUUAACGAGUGCUACGAUAAGGCUCAGAAGACAUAUCAUGGCCGUAAGAUCAGCGAGGUAGAAGAAGAAGCCCUUGGAAUAAAAAACGAAGGGGAGGGUUCCAAAAUAUCUCCGGAAGAUUCUAACAUGGAGGAUGUUUCUGACUCAGGAUUUUCCACUAUCGAUUCAACAGUUAUAAAUGGAGAGAAGCAGAGCUCUAACAUUGACGUCAAGAUGCCAGGGAAACCUGUUGAUGACACCCAGGAGUAA